GAAUCAUAAGAAAGAAUUGGAAUGGCUUUUAGUGGUGUUUUUGACGACUUUCGGCAAAAUUUAGAUGAGUAUAAUGAUAGAAGGGAGCGGUUGAUCAAGAUAAGCCGAGAUGUUACGAACCUAUCGAAGAAAAUCAUAUUUCUCGUACACCGUCUCAUGAUGGAAACCGCCAGUGGUGGCACACCCGACUCCGAAAGUGUGGCCAAACGUAGUCGAGAUAAACUGCAAGAAGUGCAGUCAAUAUAUGCCCGGAUGAAUGAUGAAGUACCAGACGAGCAGUUUUGGCGUUAUCAUCAGACAAUAUCACCGGGUCUUCAAGAAUACAUCGAGGCUCUGAGCUUCACACACUAUAUUCAGUACGGGACCUUGAUAACAUAUGGCCAAGUCAGAACCUCCUUGUCAGACGAUAAUGGAGUCCCUUUUUUUCCCUUGCCGUUGGAAGACUAUCUCCUCGGGCUAUCGGAUCUCACGGGAGAACUGAUGCGAUAUGCGAUUUCUGGCAUUGCUCGAAGAGGCGGACGGGCCAAAGCAGGAGAAGUAUGUGCUUUCGUGAGGCAUUGUAAAGCAGACUUCGAGCGACUGUGCCCAUAUGUUCGAGGACUGUCCAAGAAGCAAGUCGUCACCGCACAAUCUCUAGAGAAAAUUGAAGAUGCUGUAUAUGCAAUCGUAGUGCGAGGGUCCGAGUACGAUCUUCCUCCUGAAAUGCUGGACGAGGUAAUUGCACGCACAAUUUCCAGCUUUAGCUCUGUCGUGAGCAAACAAAAACCUGGGCACAGGGGACGUGGCAGCGACGAUGAGUACGAAGACGAUUAUUGAAAGCAUUACAUAAUUACGAUCUGUACAAAAGCUUGAAAUCUAUACAUUGGAUGAGUGACGCAACUU